AUGACAGCUAUACCAAGCUGCGCUGCAUUUCCCCGCCCUCCUAUCUCGUCCAUAGAGGCCAAUCUCUACUACUAUGGCCUAUACUCGAGGCCAAUUCUGGUUGCUCGUACCAGCACAACACUUUGGAAGCCCCCUGUCUGUCCCCCAGGGUACCCCUCUGCCAAAUGGCUUCGCACUGUUGGCAAUCACCCUCUUGGUAACAUCUGGGAGGGCAAUCUGGCUCCGCAGAUCCACAAAAUCCUGGAGUCCCGGGCGGUGAAGUGGACAAGUACAGAUGUGGCCCGCAUUGGACUGGUCGGAGAAUUACUUCCCCCGGUAAUCAUUUGGAUUGGUGUGCAGCCUGCCACUCUUUCCAGAGAAGAUGGCCAUGCUGUUGCUAUGGCGUGCAAGGCUCUUCUCGUGGAAAAUCAGAUCUCCAAUGUUGAAGUCGAGAUCCGUGAGUCUGUGGUAACUCAAUAUGCGGGCCCCAAGCUUUUGAAGCCCGCCCCACCAGCCGACCCCACUGCAGAGCUCCGUGAACCUCUUACGUCUACUUUGGGCCUUUCGAUUUGUAGUACACGUACCCUCUGGGCUGAGGGAACGGGGGGUUUUUAUCUAACCGACAGAAACAUGAAGCUCUAUCUGGUAACUGCACGUCAUGUUGUCAUCCCAUCUGACUCCGACAACCAGGUACAUGAGCACAAAUUCUCAAGUCAGCGUUUGAAUAAAAUUGCACUUUUCAGCCCCACCAGCUUCAAGGAUUAUCACCAACGUAUCGCAAUUGCUAGCAGUGAUAAGCAGUCUGUUGCAGAGUACAUGAAGCGAGUUCGCCAGGUAGCUUUUGAAGGAGUUGGACCAGCUGAAACAAACUCGGUGGAGGCAAUGAAGGUACAGACAUAUCAGGAUAAUACCCUAAAAGAGGCCAUGGAUGCAAGCGAGGCCCUUCGAAAACUCCACGUGGAGGUUGCUCAGAACUGGAGCAAUCUUGAAAACCGCAUUAUUGGACACCUCCGGUUCUCUCCAGUUUUGAAAUAUGGUGCGGGUGAAAAGCGGUAUACCCAGGACUUUGCUCUCAUUGAGAUUGACCAAUCAAAGAUCGAUAUUGGCAGCUUUACCGGUAAUGCGAUUGAUCUAGGUACUGAGAUCGUACCUGGAAAAUUCACACGCAUGAUGUUCCCACAUCCUAAGAAUAGCCACUCCUUUACGUAUCCAGCCAACCGCCUGUUCCAGAUCCGAGGCACAAUCCCGGAUGCAGAGCUCCAUGCUCCUACGAUGGAGGAUCAGAAUGAUGAACGGUGUCUUAUUGUCCUAAAGCGCGGGCGUACCACAGGUCUCACGAUUGGUCGUGCAAACUCUAUAUCAUCUUUUGUACGUCAUUAUGGCGAGAAGGGCAAGGCAGUUACCUCGAUGGAAUGGCCAAUUUAUAA